AGAUUACUCCGGCGACGUCAUCGCGGGGCGCCCAGCGCGACAAAGCAACAUGGCGGGGCGGGGAGCGGCCAGAGGCUCGAAGAGCCCCUUCGAGGUGAAGAUCAACCGGGAGAAGUUCCCCGUGUUGGGGCGCCGGGAUCGGCACGCGGUGGGGCUGCCGGGCGUGGCGCGCUCCCGGGCCCACGCUAAGCGCCAGCAGACCCUGCAGAAGGAGUUCCAGCAGCGGGAGAAGCGCGGCGUCUUCCGGGACCGGCGCUUCGGCGAGUACGACGGCGGGUUGAGCGCGGAGGAGAAGGCGGCGCGGAGGUUCGCUUUGGAGCGGCAGAAAACGUUUGAGAAGAAAAAUGUAUACAAUCUCAACGAAGAAGAAGACUUGACUCACUACGGCCAUUCUUUGGCAGACAUUGAGAAACUUAAUGACAUUGUUGAUAGUGACAGUGAUACUGAAGAAAAAGGAAUGUUAUCAGAGGAAUUAACUGCUUCUCAUUUUGGAGGGCUCCUUUCUAAGAAAAAACCCACAGAACAGGAGAAUGAAGAGGGUAAAAAUCCCAAGUCGCGGAAGGAACUGGUGGAAGAGCUGAUAGCAAAAUCCAAAUUGGAAAAGAGAGAGCGACAGGCUCAGAGGGAAAAUACUCUGGAGCUGACAGAAAAGCUGAACAACGAUUGGAAAGGGAUCCAAGCCCUUUUGUUGCAGAGGACGUCCAAGUCAGAGACACAAAGUCAAGUUCAAGAAAAACCCAAGCCGGAUGAAUACGACAUGCUGGUUAGAGAGCUCGGAUUUGAAAUGAAGACACAGCCCUCGGAUAGGAUGAAAACUGAAGAAGAGCUGGCAAAAGAAGAACAAGCGAAGCUCCUGCAGUUAGAGGCUGACCGCUUACGUCGAAUGAAAGGAGAGGAACCAAUGGAGAACAGCAAGAAACCAAAGCACAUGUCGGCUGAUGAUCUGGCAGACGGGUUUCUACUGACCAAAGACGACCGAUCCUUACUCUCCUAUGGGAACGAUAAGGAUGUUGAAGAUGGAAAGGGGGGUUGUGAGAAUAAAGAAAGCGAAGAAGAGUUUGACUCAGCCAUGGAUGAUCCCUCCGGACGUGACACCGAUGAAGAGAUGGCCACGGAGAAGAUGUUUCCAAGCCAGAAGCAAAUCAGAAAACAAAACGCUGUCAGAGAUAAAGAGGCCGCCCAGCCGGAGUUGCCCUAUUUGUUUGCUGCGCCCGAAUCGUACGAGCAGCUUCAGUCUUUACUGUCGGGAAGAAGCAUGGAGGAACAAAUGAGUAUCAUCGAGAGAAUUCGGAAGACGAACCAUCCCAGUCUCGCUGUAGGGAACAAAGCAAAGUUAGAGAAACUCUUCGGAUUUCUUCUGGAGUACGUUGGAGAAUUGGCUUGUGAGAAGCCGCCCAAAGUGAAAACGAUUGACAAGCUGGUUGUAGUCCUGUUCGAGCUUUGCCAGAUGUUUCCUAAAGCUGCCGCCGAUCACAUGAAGUUUCUCCUGCAAGACACCAUACACCAGAUGGAAGAAAUGGCAGAAAGGAAAGACCUGCUAAUUUUCCCGAGGUUAGACAAGCUCCUCUAUUUGAAAAUUGUCACCGUUCUUUUUCCAACGUCUGACUUCUGGCAUCCGGUCGUAACCCCGUCACUGAUUUAUAUGAGCCAACUACUUACAAAGUGCGCAGUAACAAAGGAACAAGACGUUGCGAAAGGAUUGUUUGUCUGCUGUCUCUUCCUGGAGUGUACAUCCAGGUCGCGAAGAUUUGUCCCAGAAAUGGCCAGUUUCCUCCUGGGUGUCCUUCACAUGGCGGUACCGAACAAGGAAGCCCAAGGUUACUCUCUGCAGUCUCCUUUUGUGUCACUAGGAAAACAUUCGAACCUGCUUGUGUGUGAAAAAUCAAGGAAAAAAAUAUGGCAAGGACCAAAUAUCUCCCUUUCCACGUUAAGUAGUUCCAAAGGAGCAGAAAUGAAUAAUUUGAGGUUGUCGUGUGUGGCUGUGGCUUUGGAUCUGGUGAAACGAUGUGCCGUUCUCUACGGGGAGCUUCCGUCCUUCCGUGAAAUUGUGGGGCCCCUCAGGCUGUUGCUGUCCUCCCUCACGCCCCAGGCAGCCAAGUAUCCCGCGCAGCUUCAGGAGUUGCACGGCAGCGUUCUGGAGAAGCUCGAUGUCCCCAAGUCCUAUAGCCCCUUGGUCUGUGACAACAGGAAACCUGUUCCCUUGAAGCUGUACACUCCCAAAAUAGUGAAAGUACUGGAAUUUGGAAGGAAGCAAGGGAGCAGUCAGCAAGAGCAGGAACGGCAGCGCCUCGUUCACAAGCACCGGCGUGAACUCAAAGGGGCCGUGCGCGAGAUCCGCCGGGACAACCAAUUCCUUGCAAAGAUGCAGCUGACGGAAGUCAUGCAAAGGGAUUCGGAAAGAAAAAGGAAAGUGAAGCAACUCUUCCAAAGCCUUGCUCAGCAGGAAGGAGAUUGGAAAGCACUAAAGAGAAAAAAGCAUUAAAACAUUCCCAGAUACCUCAGAAGACAAGCAAGGAGAUUUAAACGAUUAGAAUUUCCUGGAGCAUUUUGAUCAUUUUAAAUAGGGGUACACUUUCUUCUGGAUUAAAAAAAAAAUACAUAUUGUUGUAUUCUUGUUUCUAAAUAAAAUUGUAUAACAUA